AUCAUCUACCAUGGCCCGGGUAUCGGAAGCAAACACCAUCCCGACGCUGCCAGACAGGGACGCAUACCAUGACAAUGGGCUAAAGCUUCCAGCAGAUGGUCAGCUCGACAAUGGUGUACCGGUUUUCACGGCAAACGCCAGGCCACCACUUGUACCACCGCUCAACUUCUCGCUAGUGGAAGACCGAAUUUACCGGUCCGGAUUCCCCAACCCCUUAAACUAUCCAUUCCUCAAGCAGCUUGGCCUCAAGACCAUCAUCUACCUUGGGGAUUUGGGACAGGAGGUGAAGAAGACGCCGAAACAGCCGAAAGAACAAAAAGAAAAGAAGGUCAAGAAAGACAAACAUACCAAAGAAGAUAUCUGGAACGAGUACAACGCUUGGAUCGGCACCACCAAUAUCCAAUUCCAUCAUCUCGUGAUGGAGUCGUCUCAAGAGCCGUUCACGUCACUUCAGGAGCAGCAACAGGCCAGAGAUUCGCUUCGAACCGCUCUUCAAUUGAUGCUAGAUAAGAACAACUUCCCUAUGCUCAUUCACUCUAAUAAGGGUAAGCACCGGAUUGGGGUGCUUGUGGGGCUCAUGCGAAAGAUCUUCCAGGGAUGGUGUAUGAGUGGGAUUUUCGAAGAGUACGAGAAGUUUGCUCUUGGGAAGUCCGAGUUUGACUUGGAGUUCAUGGAGUUGUGGCAGCCAGAGCUCUGGGUGAGCCAAGACAGUCGGCCGGAGUUUCUACGGUCAUAGACCGACUAUAGUUUCUUCGUCGUAGAACGACUAGAGUUUCUACGUCGUAGACGUGACUAUUGCAUAUAUGUGGCAUAAAUAUGGGAUAUGAAAGGGUUCUUGAAAUCUUACUCUCUCAACUCUGGUUCUUCAUUUCUCUCAACUUCGUCGUCACCUUAUCUCCAUCAGUCUCUCCCGUGGCCUCUUGCACAGCCGGGUCAUGUAAACGCAUGAACGGGUUGAACUCAAGCUCAUCUCCAAUUGUGAACUUACCAGUGGUGAACUCGUUCGUUUGGCAAAACUGGGACAAUUUUUGCAUGGCAAGACUCUUCAAGAUCUUUGACGAAAACACCACAUUGGACUUGGUGUACUCGUGUCCUGGGAACACAAUGGUGUCAUGGGGCAAAGAUGCAAGCACUGUGUUCAAGGCUUUAUUCAUUUCUGCCCCCACCCCUUCGAAAAAUCGGCCACACCCGCUGGUAAACAACGUAUCUCCCGUGAAAACCACCCUCUGGUUGGUGGUCGCAUCCUCUGCGUAGUAACAAAUUGAGUCCUGGGUAUGACAUGGAGUGUGUAGUGCAGUAAUUGACAAGUUGGUACCUAGCUCAAUCACCUCUUUGUGAGCCGGGGUAUGACUCACCAAUGGCGAAUCCUUGCCAGCAAUGACGGGAAGUGUUGGAUACACUUUGUGGAAGUGUUUGUUUCCCGACGAAUGGUCGUAGUGAUGGUGGGUAUUUACAAUGGCCUUUAGGUGGAAAUCAAGAUUGUGAGACUUGAAGUACCGCAACACUUCAUCAGGCUCGGCCGGGUCAAUAAGCCAGGCAUCUUUUGAGUCCGAGUCCAUCAACAAGUAAGCGUAGUUGUCGCCGGAGCCCCAUCUCAUGGGAAUGGAUUCGACGUGCAUGGAUCUGGUGUGGUUUAAAAUCAAUCGAGGUUUGAGAAGCAUUACAAAAUGAU